AUGGGUUUAAUAAUCCACAAUUAGUAGGUUAAUGUUUAAACUGCGAACGAUUUAAAAUUAAACAUUUUUUAAAAGCUAGUUAAAGACAUUGUAAAUAGGAAUAUAUCAGAUUGUUAUAGUACUUGGUCGUUCACAAACUUAAAAAAAACACUUGACAAAUUUGUAAUGGGUAAAAUUCUUUCGCUGGCAAUGAAACCGAUAAGGGAUUUUAAUUUUGAAAGUAGAGCUCAUAAAGUUAUUUCGAGAGAAAAACCUGCUCCUGCUCCGAAAUAUAAAGUUGAUUUAUUGGAAUUAGAACGCAUUCAGAGAGACCAUCCAGAGAUAAUAGAAGAAAACUUGAAAAAAGACGAAAUGUUGAAUAAGCGCUUAAAAAAUGUAUUCGUCGAUUCGUACGAUCCUGCUAAGUUGCAAAAGCAGCCUCAAAAUCCUAACCGACCAUUACCAACUAGUAGAACCCCAGCAGGCGAUUUUGAAUACGGUUUUCAUGAACCUAGAGAAGUUCCCCCAGGAAGAGUCACAUUAAAAAAUGCUUUACAAUUUAUAAAUAAUCAUCAAUUGGACCCUAAAAAUUAUACAUCAACAAAAAUAGCACUCCAAUAUAAUUUACCUGAGGAAACUGUUAAGCACAUCUUAAUGUACUGUAAAAUUUUUGAAAUGUAUUUUCCAAAAGAAGAGAAAAAGACAAAAACAAGCUUUUUUGGUCGCUAUGUGCCAAGAAAAGAAAUAGUUAGGACGAAACUCGAAGACACUUCCUCAAAAGACUAGUGAAGAUUAUUAUUCACAAAGGUUACCCCAAAUAGUGUAGUAUCUGUAAUAAGUUAUUAUUUAAAAAAUGUAGUGGGAUAAACAACUUUUUUAGAGAA